AUGGCCCCUUGGGAUUUGUUGGCACUUACAUUCAUCUUGAUGUUUCACACCCAAGAUGUGUUUUGUCAAACCUCAGAUGACGUGAAAAGUCUGCUAACGCAAAUAUUAACGACUGACUCUUAUAACAAAUUUGUUCGUCCAAGCGAUAACCAUUCCUUACCGACGAACGUAUAUUGCAGUAUGUUUUUAGUCAGUAUAACGGACAUAGAUGAAGUAAAAGAGAAAAUGACAACCACAGCAUAUCUAGAAUUGGUCUGGGACGAUACGUAUUUUGUAUGGACGCCGGGAAAUUAUAACGGUAUUAAUUACGUAUAUAUACCUCAGAGUGAAAUAUGGAAACCGGAUAUCGCUCUUAAAAAUGGUUUCACCAAAAUGAAAGAGUUAGGAGAUAAAUUCAUUUUGGCGUAUGUCUACUUCGAUGGAGAGGUAUAUUGGUACCCUUAUGAAGUUUUUGAAACAAAGUGCAGUAUUGAUAUUUCCUACUUUCCCUUCGAUGAACAGAUAUGCGACAUCAAGCUUGGAGUAUGGUCAAGCACGCACCAUGAAAUAAGUGUACAAAUGGGGGAAAGAGGUAUGAUUCUUGACGAAUACCAGGAGAAUGGAGAAUGGCACAUUGUGAAAACACAAGCAGAAACUUUCCUCAAUGACGUUGGUGAAUCACAAGUUGUGUUUAAAAUUCAUGUUAAGAGGAAACCGGAGUACCACCUUUACAAUAUGGUACUUCCAGUGAUCCUUCUCUCCCUGUUAGCCGUCUUUACGUUCGUUAUACCAGUUGACAGCGGGGAGAAGAUGGGCUUUUGUAUGACCAUGUUCUUGGCGUUUGCUGUUUUUCUGACCAUCGUUGGCGCACAACUCCCUGCAAGUUCCACUCAGUCUUUACUCAGUAAAUACUUAAUAUUUCUGGUUGUCAUUGGAACUCUAAUCAUCAUGUUUACAGCAAUCGAACUUCGUAUCAACUAUAGAAAUACCGAAUCCUUCCCGAUUCCGACAUGGCUAAAACUUCUAGUAAAAACCAGCAGGAUCAUACAUUGCAGACAGCCAUGCUCGAUAUCCAGAAACAAGAAAUCCACAAUCGCACCAUCGUCCAUACAAGUUACAAAAGUGUCAACUCUAGAUUCUGAAGAUCCGGAACAACUUGGAAAAGACAUUCCAGACCAAUCACACAGCUAUGAGGAUUCGUCUGAUAACAUUGAAUGGACAGAUGUAGUCUCGGCGUUAGAUUUUUAUUUCUUUUGGCUUUUUCUAAUUACAGACAUACUAGGUACUAUUAUCAUGCUGGCAAGUGGCUAUGCACUCAGCAAAAAGUAA